AUGUCGUCGGCUGGGCCUGUUCUGCUUGGGCGUGUCAGGUGUGCACUGGACGGACCAGUGAAAGCUGCUGCAGGCGAUGUGGACGUGACGGACGUGCCUGGAUCACCAUCAGAACUUGAUUCGCCAAUCCGAAGCCGGGAUCAGAGCCGAACCUGGUGGAUUCAGAGAUGGACUCAUCGCACAUUUCUUUGUGUGGCCGUGAUUGUCGCCGCCUGCCUGUCUGGUGCACUUGCAUAUGCUCUUUAUGAUUCCUCUUCUUACAAGUCUGACUCCAUUUUUCUUGUUUGCUUUCUUAUUGCAAGCAAUGCGCUAGCUGGGGCAGCAGCUGUCUUUCUGUGGCUCAUUGCCCCAACGCAACACCUGCUUCUGGCAGCACGCUUUUUGAUGCUCAACUGGCUUGGAGGAUUAUGCUCCCUGUUUCUACUAGGCUUCAGGCCGCUUGUCUUGGUUUUUGAAUUUCUGGGGCUGCAAUAUCUCGCCCAAGAUCGUUUGAAGAGUAUUUGGCCAGCUUUGAACUCCCCACGAUGGGGAGCAUGCCUUGGGCGAGCCUUUUGGCUUGAAUUUGCACUCCUGUCAUUUCUUCUUUAUCUGACGCUGAUGAUUUUGGUGGUGCCGAGGGUUAAUUUCGAUUUGAUCCCUGUGGUAGCAUUUACUGCACAACUCCUUGCUGCGCUUGUGUUCGUGAUGUGGGUCCUUGGCGUUGCCACCACGUUGUGCCGCGUAGUCUUGAUGCUUCGUCGAGCCGUGCAGAUGGCUCGAAAAGAAGAGAAUUCCGCUGCUGUGCAACGCCUUAUUGCUUGUAGGAGACGGAGCUUUUGGCAAGGAAUUGGCUUCCUUGCCAGUUUGGCAACAACCUUUAGUCUCUUUAAGGUUACUGACAGUGAGGUUUUCGAGACUCCUCUUGAUGAUCCUGGACAUUAUUGGGGCUUGCACAUCCCCAGCUUCUCUUUUGCCGUCGCUCAGUGUAUCAACAGCGUGGUGAACGUGGGGUCAGAUUGGGAAGCAAAGACUGAAGAACUGGCCAGCCGUGGGAUCUCUUUGUCAGACCUAUUGGAAUUUUACAGCAAUUUGGGCGUCAGCAUUAUGCCGUCCUUCCAGCCAGAUGUUCACACCACCAACGAUGUGGUUAGACUUGGAAUCAUUCCACGAACUUCUUCCGCUUGUGGCUCCUAUGCUGAGUUCGUGAACGAUGGCAAGAAGGUGAUCCCGAAGAAAAUGGUCACGCACAACUGGCAAAAUCUCUUCCGAAACCCCAACGGAGACGUCGAUCCAGUCACAAAAAUCCCACAUCCCAUAUGCACUUGCAAUGCUCCAAAGUUCUUCAAUAAGGACCCACCAUUGAAUGAGCAUGGUGAUAGCAUCAAGUGUGAGAUGAACAAAUUUGAUGACAUGAUGGCAUUUCUGGCACUAAAAGAUCCAAUUUUUACAGAGGUCAUUGCUGUGGAUGCCAACCUGGACCUAUUUGGGCGUGCCUGGUGUGUGGCGGAAUUGUUUGAAGCUCAUCGCAUGGGCAUGGCGCAGAACCUGAUGCUCAGGAACACUGCUACCUUGAUGACAAGGCAAAGCACCUUGCAAGACAUCAGGGUGGAAGAUAUGAAAGCCAGUCGUCCUGAAGAUGUGCAACAAAUUCUAGAAAAGAUCCCAGACAAGAAGGCAUUCAAUGAGAAGCUGCAAGAAUUGAUUUUCGAUGGGCAAGUAGGGCUAUUGGCUGCUCGCAAGAAGGCAGACGUGCUAGAACAAAUGGAAGACCUCUCUUAUGUGUUGAAAUGGGCAAGGCUUUCGGAGAGCGCAGACGACGGAGCACUCAUUUGGCGCAGAUGGAUCUGUGCAGCUUUACAUUCUUCGGCGCAUGGCAACGCUGAGUCGCUGAGGUGCAUUGCUUUGGGUGGGGCUCAAAACUCUUGGUGUCAAACAACCACAUGGACGUUUGAGGUGCCGCGUCACAUCGGAAUGAUGCUGGGACACGUUGUCCACAGACGACUUGAUGGCUGCCUUCACGCUUUAAUCCACGCUGGGCGCAACAGGCUCGAGUUGCGGCACGGUCCGAUCUCUGUGGACUGGGACUGGGGUGUGUUGGGCCCCUAUUCUUAUGCAACCUGUGGGAACCUGCGACAAGGGACUGCCGAGUUUUUCCAAAAGUCGCUGGCCGCAUUUCAGCAGAAUGAUUCCCUCCGGGUCUUGCACCCGGAGAGCGGUUUGGUACGAGGCUACUUGGGAAACACCGAAUGCCGCAGAUACGAUAAAUAUUCGCAAAACCGGAACUGCCAAGGUCGCGUAGCAGAGUUUUGGGAAAGGGCGCUAGAUGAGCUCAACCAUUCCCAAGUUAGAAUUGACCAUACAGUCAUCAGAAGGGGUGAGGAGGGCAUCGACCAAUACUUUAUUGACUACAACCUCACGAAGGCUUUUGAAGAGUACAAGGGAAGAUUUCCGAAGGAAUGGUCUGAAAGGCCUACUAGUACCACCAACUUUGAUUUGUGUGCCUUCGCAACAGGAAUGGGUUAUGUGGACUUGUGCUCUGGGGCAUUCGCCUUGACCCAUCGGAGGCAAGCAAUGACCUUCAUGAUCGAGUUGUACACCUCUCCAGUCUUCAUGGCCUUGACAAAUGCCUUGACUGCCUUGACAAUCUUGACAGACAAUCCGGAGAAGAGCCUGAAGAGCAGGGAGAGCCCGAAGAGCCACCCGAGGAGUUGUCGUAUCCAAGCGAGCUUAUCGGACUCUCGAACCUUCAGAUAUGCCCCCUCUGAAACUGCAUUCUUCUUUAACAAGUCACGGGUGCCCGGACAUGCUUGCCCUUCAAACUCAGCAGAUGCUCUUUGUGCCAACAUCAACAAGGAGGGCGUGCCAUGGUAUACGCUUUUCAGCCUUUUCGUGGUGGCAGCCGGAUGCGGGGCGUGUAGCUUGAUUGGCAUUGCUUACCAGCACAUCGGAGGAGAAGACAAGGAGAAUGAAGAGGAGAAGAAGAAGAAGACGAAGGAUGAGGAAACGAGGAUGGCAAUGAUGGAGAUUCGGAGUCUUUUAGACCUGGAAUUCGGCAAAAUUUCCAAAGCCCUGCAAUCCAACCCUCGACCCGAUGCUGCAGGCUCCGCUGAACCACAGGUCGUGGAAUCAUCGAGGUCCACGGGCACUGGAGUCUCCACACCUCGCACGAACAGUUCUGCGCCAGAGGCCUUUGCCGUUGAUUGGCAGAAUGGCCGACCUGCGCUCUUUGUUUUGUCCGCCGCCGUCCUAGACUCAGACCCGUUGCACGACACCGUUUCGGAGUCGAAAUUUGGAAGGUGGCCGUGUGCCAUGUCGUCGGCUGGGCCUGUUCUGCUUGGGCGUGUCAGGUGUGCACUGGACGGACCAGUGAAAGGUGCUGCAGGCGAUGUGGACGUGACGGACGUGCCUGGAUCACCAUCAGAACUUGAUUCGCCAAUCCGAAGCCGGGAUCAGAGCCAAACCUGGUGGAGUCAGAGAUGGACUCAUCCCACAUUUCUUUGUGUGGCCGUGAUUGUCGCCGCCUGCCUGUCUGGUGCACUUGCAUAUGCUCUUUAUGAUUCCUCUUCUUACAAGUCUGACUCCAUUUUUCUUGUUUGCUGUCUUAUUGCGAGCAAUGCGCUAGCUGGGGCAGCAGCUGUCUUGCUGUGGCUCAUUGCCCCAACGCAACACCUGCUUCUGGCAGCACGCUUUUUGAUGCUCAACUGGCUUGGAGGAUUAUGCUCCCUGUUUCGACUAUGGUUUAGGGGAAUUGUCUUGGUUUGUGAACUUCUGGGGCUGCAAUAUCUCGCCCAAGAUCGUUUGAAGAGUAUUUGGCCAGCUUUGAACUCCCCACGAUGGGGAGCAUGCCUUGGGCGAGCCUUUUGGCUUGAAUUUGCGAUCCUGUCAUUUGGUAAGGUGACGCCGGUGAUUCUGGCGGUGUUGGAUGUUAAUGGAGCUUUGAUCGUUAGGGUAGUUGCAGCAUUCCUUGCUGCGCUUGUGUUCGUGAUGUGGGUCCUUGGCGUUACCACCACGUUGUGCCGCGUAGUCUUGAUGCUUCGUCGAACCUUGCAGAUGGCUCGAAAGGAAGAGAAUUCCACUGCUGUGCAACGUCUUCUUGCUUGUAGGAGACGGAGCUUUUGGCAAGGAAUUGGCUUCCUUGCCAGUUUGGCAACAACCUUUAGUCUCUUUAAGGUUGCUGUCAGUGAGGCUUUAGAGACUCCUCUUGAUGAUCCUGGAUUUUAUUAUGGGGGCUUGCACAUCCCCAGCUUCUCUUUUGCUGUAGCUCAGUGUAUCAACAGCGUGGUGAACGUGGCCGGGGUUAUCCUCUUAUCAAAAGCAUAUAGACUUUUUAGACUGCCUGGAUCUGCAAGGCCCCCCGCCCUCUCAUGGACUCCAUCCAGAUUUGGCUGCCAAGUGUGUCCCUGCUCUCACUUGCGCCAUGACAGUGACAUUGACACUGGCAUGAUAAAGGGGUCAGAUUGGGAAGCAAAGACUGAAGAACUGGCCAGCCGUGGGAUCUCUUUGUCAGACCUAUUGGAAUUUUACAGCAAUUUGGGCUUCGGCAUUAUGCCAUCCUUCCAGCCAGAUGUUCACACCACCAACGAUGUGGUUAGACUUGGAAUCAUUCCACGAACUUCCUCCGCUUGUAGCUCCUAUGCUGAGUUCGUGAACGAUGGCAAGAAGGUGAUCCCUAAGAAAAUGGUCACGCACAACUGGCAAAAUCUCUUCCGCGAUUUGCUAGCUAGCGUCAUUGCUGAUGCUCUGGGAGAACACAACUUCGAGCUGAUUGCGAAAUUGUUAUCCGACAAGGAAGGGGUUGAGGUUGUGGAGCAAAUUCUCCAGGUUCAAGGACGUCUUCAGGAAACCUAUUGGAUCUGUGCGUUUUCAGUCAAUCAGCACGCUUCAAUUUGUGGAGGAAACCCCAACGGAGACGUCGAUCCAGUCACAAAAAUCCCACAUCCCAUAUGCACUUGCAAUGCUCCAAAGUUCUUCAAUAAGGACCCACCAUUGAAUGAACAUGGUGAGAGCAUCAAGUGUGAGAUGAACAAAUUUGAUGACAUGAUGGCAUUUCUGGCACGAAAAGAUCCAAAUUUUACAGAGGUCAUUGCUGUGGAUGCCAACCUGGACCUAUUUGGGCGUGCUUGGUGUGUGGCGGAAUUGUUUGAAGCUUAUCGCAUGGGCAUGGCGCAGAACCUGAUGCUCAGGAACACUGCUACCUUGAUGACGAGGCAACGCACCUUGCAAGACAUCAGGGUGGAAGAUAUGAAAGCCAGUCGUCCUGAAGAUGUGCAACAAAUUCUAGAAAAGAUCCCAGACAAGAAGGCAUUCAAUGAGAAGCUGCAAGAAUUGAUUUUCGAUGGGCAAGUAGGGCUAUUGGCUGCUCGCAAGAAGGCAGACGUGCUAGAACAAAUGGAAGACCUCUCUUAUGUGUUGAAAUGGGCAAGGCUUUCGGAGAGCACAGACGGCGGAGCACUCAUUUGGCGCAGAUGGAUCUGCAGCUCAAGCUGA